ACGAAGUGUUAUUUCUUAACAUCCAACAAUAAAAGGGGGAAGGCUAAAGCAUAAAAGGAACGGGAAUGGCGGAGCAGAAGAGCACCAUUGAAUCUCUCAGGGAAUGGGUCGUUGAGUGUUGGGGAUUCCUCCAAGUCCCACACCGGAGGGAGAAGAAAAAAUGGACCAAAAUAUAUAUAGGUUCACCCAACCCCAUUAGUAUGAGGCCUUUUGGGAGGUGUCCAAAAAUAAAUUCGUGAGGGCUUGGCUCAUACUAAUGCGGGGUUGGGGUGAGGGCACGCGCAGUCCCAACAUUGAGCACAAGCUUCGAACCGUCGGUUGUUUAUGGUUAAGUGGAAUAGCGGGUUCCAUUGCUUACAAUUGGUCACAACCCAAUAUGAAAACCAGCGUUAAGAUCAUUCAAUCAAGGUUGCAUGCUCAAGCACUAACACUCGCUGCUCUCGCUGGGGCUGCCGUUGUUGAGUACUAUGAUCACAAAUCGGGAGCUAAGGCAGAGCGUGUUGCCAAAUACCUCAACCUCGGUUCCCAUCCCCAUAAAGAUUGAAUCUUUUACAGGACAGCUGAGGCAUGAAGUGCUCUUUGUUGCUAGGAUACUCUUUCUUACCAACUUGACAAGUGUUGUGCCAAACUGUGGCUUAAUAAUAAGAAACCAAAAUCAUACAUGCUUUGCCGAUUGGGCCUUGUGCUGCCUAACCUACCUAGACAGAUGUUAUUAUUACUCCAUAUCUUUUAAAUCAAGCUCCAUUCCCGUU